ACCCACCAAUUUCCAAUUUGAAUUCCUUGAUUCAUUGUAUUCUAUUAUUCUUCCCACCAAAAUAAAACGUCACCGUUUCUACUACUCAAUCGGUGUCGGAAACCACCAACAACAUGCCGUCGGCGAUUUUCCCGGAAGAAAUCAUUGUGGAGAUCCUCCUUCGACUUCCGGUGAGAUCCCUCCUUCAAUUCAGGUGCGUUUGCAAAUUCUGGAAAAACCUAAUCUCAGAUCCCCAAUUCGCAAAGAGCCACGUUCUGAGCUCAACCGCUUAUCCACAAUUGGUCUCUAUCGAUAUCGGUAUUGCAAAGUCCGAUAUCGUAUCUUAUCCUUUGAAGCCACUGUUGGAAAACCCUAACCCUUCGGCCGGUGUAAAAUCCGCGUUCUUCCUAAGUAGACAGCGGACAUCCAUGAUAGGUUCAUGCAAUGGGUUGAUUUGUUUCUUUAAUUCCUUACGAUCUACCUUCAAAUUGCGGAAUCCUGCUAUGAAAUUGAAAUCAAAAACAUCUCCAAAAAUUUUUACUUGUUUUGAUCGUAUGAAGAUCCUAUAUUCUGGCUUUGGCUAUGAUCAAGUUAAUGACAGGUACAGGGUGCUAGCCGUCGUAGAAAGUUGCCGAAUUUCUGAAGGAGUUAAGACUAUAAUUUAUACCUUUGGUGAAAAAAAUUGGACAACUGUUCAAAAUUUCCCAUCACGGCGUGAUCCAAAUUUGUGGUGGUGUGGGAAAUUUGUGAGUGGCACUUUGAAUUGGAUAGUUAACAAAGGUCGUCGUCGUAAUUCCACCAACCGUAGUGUGAUAGUUUCCUUUGAUCUUGAGAAGGAGACUUAUGCCGAAAUAUUGUUGCCUCAACAUGAUUGUGAAAAUUUCUGCAAUCCUGUCUUGUAUGUUUCGAGUAAUAACUGCAUUUGUGUGUCUUUCGAUCACCCUAUGAAAACUCAUUGGGUUGUGUGGAUAAUGAAAGAGUAUGGAGUUGUUGAGUCGUGGACCAAACUGAUGAUCAUCCCUCAGGAUAUGUUAAUAUCGGAUUUUCGUAAUAGAUGUAUGUCUGAUGCCUUGUUCAUUACGGAACAUGAAGUUCUCCUUUUGAGGCCUAACCAAUACAAACUUGUUGUGUAUAAGUUAAAUAAUAAUAGUGGGUUGGACUACCGUAGUGAGAUUUUAGGCAAAUUUGCGCAUCGUCUACAUAUUUACCAUGAGAGUUUGGUAUCACCGCAGUGGCUAAAACGCAGUCAAAAGAGAAACAAAAGAAAAAUGAAGCAAGAACUAGGAUCCGCGAAACAUUAUUUAUGAUGUAGGAAGGUUGGCCGCGCCAGAUUGAAGAUGAAGUGGCGCACAAGAAAGAUUCACUUGGAAAAUAAUGAAGAUUUAAUUUUGCUAUAUUUUAGAAAGAUUUAGUGAAGAUUUAAUAUUUUAGCUAGAUUUAUUAUUUUUAUAUUUUAGCAAGAUUUAUUAUUUUUAUUUAGCUAGGUUUGUUAUUUUUAUUUUUACAAUUUUUUAGAAGAUUUGUUAUUUUUAUUUUUUACCACUAUUUAAACCAAACUAUUGUAGCCUUGAAAGGCAACCUUUUGAUUUAAUAAAAUUCAGAGAUUUUUCUC